CCUUCGGUUUUUCGUGCAUUUCUGUUGCUGUGAACAACACCUCUUUCAAAUACUGCCUGAAUUUAAAGCUCUGCUUAAUGAGAAAAAUCCAUAUAAUUCUUCUGCUUACUCUGGUGAGUGCUUAAUUUUUUAGGGUAAUUCAAGAGUUUUGUACUUCACACAAGUGAUGUUGUUUUGGGGUUUGUUUUAAAUAAACAAUAAAAUUACACUUUUAGCCACUGCAGCCUAAAUAUUCAAGUGGCUUGAGGCAUAACAAUUUAAUGGCUUAAAGCAACUGGUGUUUCAAAGGACAAAUAUUCAGUCUAUUUUAAAGAACAUACCCCCUUUAAACUAUUUGUACCAACAUAGAGCUAAAUCACAAUUAAAGAAUAACUCAUGCUGGGAAUGUUACUGAAAUAAUAUUUCUGUAUGUGAUAUAUAAGACAAUUCCAACUGUUGUGCAUUAAUAACUUAUCUGCUCUAGAAUACAGGGUUCAAGACAAAAAUUCCAAUUAUAAAACCAGAAAUUUUGCUUCAGAAAGUGCCCUUCAAGUUUCUUGUAAUGCGCUAAAAGUAAUUUGCUGAAUAAUGUUUUUUGUGAAGUUGAACAUUAGCAGCCUGGAGCAUGUGUGUGGGAGGUGGGAAAUGGAGUAAGAGGGGAAAAAUGAAAAUGAAGAGUAGAGCUAUCAUUAUCAUCUAUAUAGUAGCUUAAGAUAUAUUCUGUCAUAAAUGGGUGCCUUGUGUCAGUGUGUUCUGCAUAGUCUAUUCCUGGUAACCUCCAGGUGGUGCUUUUUUAUUGCUCUGCACUCUAAUUCCUAUGUUCUGUAAAAUUUAUCCUUUGGGACUCUAUUUCACUGGUAGUUUUUUCAAAUUCUGUUUCUAGUAAUGAUGUGUCUUUUACAUAGUGAAAAAAGAAGAAAAACAAAAGUAACAAUAGAUCCUGUCAAAUAUAUUUGUAGCAACUGUAAACCAUUCUUUCUUGAUGUAGUGUAACUGGAAAUUUGUGUUUUGAGAGCAAUUUUUUAAAAAGAAUGCAAAAGUAAAUAUAUAUAUAUGGAUGUAAUUUAUACUGUACUUUUUAUAAUUUUCUCUAAUUAUUGGCCUUUUUCUGACUGUAAGUCAAAUGUGUAAGAUAAUUUGCUAAAUUGCAAAAUUCCUCACUAAACAAAACUAGUUAAGUCAACUUUUAGGUGUUGGCAACUGGUGAUGAGAAUUUCUGUAGGCUGAAAACUUCAAUAAAUAUGCAUUUCUGUCUUGAAAAUGCUCUGUGUUAGUAGAGCUUCAGCUGGCACUGGUGCAACCUGAUGUGUCUUGAGAAACCUGAUGCUUUUGUGGUCUCUUCUUCUUUUCCAAAAAAGCGAGGAUUGGAGAGAAUAGGUACAAUACAUUAAAAAUUUUGCUAUUUUCUGUUUGCUAAGAGUGCUAUAAUAUGGGGAAUUCUGCUGAUCUACUGCAAGUAUUGUAUGCAUAUGGACAGCAGAGUUAGUAGGGGUGUGAUUCUUAUUUAGGGUAUAGAAGAUGCAUCAGAAAGAACAAAUUAAUCAGUAGCAGGCAUUUCUGCUACAAAUUAUUCCAUCCCAUGUCCAUUAGCUCUUCAAUGGCUGUAGUGACCAUUUGAAAUUCUAUGUGAUGCUAUCUCCUAACAGGAAAAGCAGGGCUAUAAAACAAAAAAAAGUAAAAAAAUGGAAGGUUAUGAGAGAAGAACAAAUGGGAUUGUGUGUACUAUAGUUGUUACACCAUAUAUAUACACACUAGUUAAUAUAGUUAAUUUAUAGCUGUAUUUAAACUUUCUAAAUGAGCUAAUUCCUUAAGGAAUGAAAGAAGUAAUCAAUAAUACUACAGUGCCAUUACCUGCCAGUGAAUAAACCUGUAGACUAUUUACAUUUAUAUGCAGUGUUGGCUCACAAUUUAACUGCAGUUCGUGUUAACUUCUAAAAAUCCAAUCCUGGCUGUUUUCCUUCCAGGCCACCUGUGUGGUCCUGUGAGGAUCAAAAUCCUCAAAGGAAGCUGUGUUUCCCACAGUUUUCCAACGAUUUUUAAUUUAAACAAUCUAUGUGGAAUGGGUUUCUCACCCAGAUGAGUUGGGAUUUUACCAUCUUCAUCAUCUCUGUUUCUACAGCCUAUAUCAAAAAUCCAGAAGAAAAAAUGUAGAAUGUAUUUGUCUGAGUGUUGCAAAUGUUGGUUAGAUGUCAGUAAUGGACACGAGAUGCAGACAUCUCGCUCUGGACAAAGUGGUAACAUUAAGUGGUUGGAAGUAGGUAUCUAAAUAAGACAUAGGAGUUUUGGCCUGAAAGUGCCUGGUUUUCUCCAUAAACUAUAAAGGCAGUCUAAGAUGAGUGAGUUGUUUUAUAUGUAGACAUGCACAGCAUAAGUGUAUUUCUGUCUAUUAUCUGUGCAAGAUUUUUAUCUCAUACAGAUUAUAUAACCUGCAUAGAAUAGUAUACAGAAUAUAGAUAGAAUAUAUAUAGAAUAUAACCUGUCCUUGGAAAAAGAAAUUUCUCAUCUAAGUCUUUGGCUCUGCUUUUCUAAGGUUUGUUAAAUGUAAAAUUAGGAUUAACACAGUAAACUAACAAGUUUGGCUGGUGGAGUUGUAUCUAUUUCUAAAUGUAUUCCAUUCCUUGUGACAAAGGGAAGGAGGAAAUAACUCCUGAGAAUGAGAUUUCAUGAAAGUGGUCAGAUAAGCUCAUUCUGGAAGGUAUAGAAUGAUUCUUUUUUUGUUCUAAUAACCAGGAAAGUGGUGCACAGGGUGAAGAUUUUCCUGAAUGUGGUUUUAGAUUCCAGCUUCCUUCAUUCCUGAGAUGGUCUUCAGAGAGUCUGUGGUUGUUUCCUAAUAAGUAUUUUCCUGACAGUUGUUUGUGUUAUCUGGAACAGAAUUCAUGGAAUGCCUUUCUCCACCUUUGAGACAUCUUGUGUGAAUGAUGUGUCCGUAGCCUUUACAGCCCUGAACGUCAGUUCAGCUGAGAAGCUUCUGAAAGUUCUGUAUUUCUUGGUUUUGUUAUCAGCUAUCAGUGUUAUUUCUGGAGCUCUGUAGGUGCACUGGGUUACUGUUGCUACUGCAGUUUUCACUGAGCACUCUUCUAAUUCCCAAGGAGUCAUGGAACAAUGCUGGCAACUGCUUCAGGCUCCCCAAGGAAAGGAGCAGCAAAGUGGGAUGGGCUUUAUAACCUCUGUGCUUGCAGGGUCUUCAGAGGAGUGAUGUAGUGACUGUGUAGUCAGGUACCUGAUUUUUUCCAAGGUGUUUUUAAAAUUUUUUUUCAAUUUUUGUUGUGAAAUAACCAAGAAACUUCAGAAGGAGUAUUUUUUAUAUUUGGUUUAUUUUUGACAUGUGGAAUGGAGUUACAUUCAUUCCGUGAUGGAUGGAGUCAUGCAUUUGACAAGUAAGACAUAUUUACCCAGCUUGUUUGGUAGCUGCAGGACUCUAUGGAUUGUGCCUUUUUUUAAACUUUAAUAAAUGAACUGUAUUUGCAGUAGUGGGAAAGCCUGGCGUGAUGGAGUUCAUAUUUCUUGUUUUAUACUUUUCUUUUUUUCUCUGCCUCUGUGCUUUGGUGUGCCUGUAUUUUUCUGGCUGCCAAGAAAUGACAUAUAAGCAUGAAGGUAAGAAGUUACUGAAAGGCACAUCUGAUUGCAUUACAAGGAAAUAUAUCUUGGAUCUUUUUCAUCAUGUUUGAUUAGAUCCCUUAAAAUGAGGUAUUUAAAUGUAAAAUGAAAGUCCUUUAGCAACAGAGAAAUCAGAUGAUAUUGAAAUUUACAUAUAAUGUAGUUUAUGUGUCACUAUUGAUUUAUAGUAGUCUAAACUUUGAUGUUUGCUGAGCACCAUCAUUCAGUAGAAGUAUUAAUACUUGAGUUAUAAAGACCUAAUGCAUAAUUUUACUUUAAAAUUAUAUGGAAACAUCACUAUAAAUCCACAUGGAAAAUACUUGACAUUAAAUGCAUGGCAGGAGUCAGUGGAAAUUAGAAUUCAAAUCAGAAUUUUUCUAUAAUUUACAUGACUAUUUUCUCAGUUAAGAAGUUGUGAUUUAGAAAUAAGAAAUUUGCAAACAAAUAUAAAGCAAUCUCUGAGUGUUAAUUCAGAAUGUUCCCAUUUUUAAAAAAAAAGUUUAAAUGAAACUUGAAUAAACAUAGUUUAUAUAGUUGCAAAAAUCCAGUGAGUAUUGUGCAUUUCUGCAUACUUUUGAGAAACUCUUGUGGUUCAGAUUUUGAGGCAUGUGUGGAAUGUCCCUUGGAGUUGAUAUAUUUAUUGAUGAUUUAUUAUUUAUUAUCUACAACUUUAUGACUCACAUGUCUUUUUUUGAGUAUUUUUAAAAUUAUUUUCUCUCUCUACAGCUGUUCCCUUGUGAAUUAAUUUGUUUUGGUGUUGCUGUGAAUCAGUUCUUGUAGUUGGUUAUUUCACAUACUAGCUGAUCAACAGUAAAACUGGCUAUUUUUUGAUUAUGUCAUAAAGCAAUUCAUACUUGUACAGGUAAUAUAAUUAAAUAUUACCUGUAUAUAUAUAAAUAUAAUUAAAUAACUUAUCCCUGUUUUUAUGGAACAGAUCUGCUCCACAAAAUUAUAAAUAUACAGCUUUUCUAAAAAUUAAGAAGUCUUAAAAAGAAAUUGUUCACCUGUGACUUCAAAUAUUACAGGUAGUCUUUAUAGCAUUUAAAAGUUUUUGACUUACAACUCUCCUUUAAGUGUUGCACUUUUUUAGUGUGAUGGGAAAUACUAAGGUGUUGGUUUUUUUUCUGAAUUCCCUCAUAUCUAAUAAUCAAGUGGUUUAUUUAUUGAUUUGUAUAUAUUUUCACCUGACUUUUGCUAUAAGUGAAAUGUUCAACUUAUUUUUCACAAUAAUGACAUUGCUUUAAAUAUUUUCUCCAGCCUAUAUACCUUUAUGUAAAAUCAAAAUCACUGUUGUUUGGCUAAUUUAUUUUCAUUUCUUGAAAUGGCAUGGGUGGGUGUGUGCGUGCAGGGUUAAAGGAAGACGUGUUUGACCUGAGUUACCCAAAAGUUAGUGUACAACAGAGAUGUAGCAUAAAAAUCCUAUAGGUAGGUAGGUUUUAUUGCCACUUCUAGUUCAGCUGCUGCUGACCCUCAUGGUACUGUGAUCUCUCUGCCAUAUGAUAAUAAAUUUGAGUUUUGUUCUCCAUCUUUUAGAAGCCCCUUCUGCCAGCCUUUGCAAAGUCAAGACUUGACAAUUACUUUGUUUACCAGCUGCCGUCUUCUUUACCUCUAUAAAAUGUACCUUUAUGAAACUGUAUCUGCAGAUCACUUUGGAGUCAGGAAAGUGAGUUGAGCUAGCUGCUCAGAUUGUAAAUUUGUCUUCCUUACAACUUGAAGUAGCACCAUUUCUUUAGCCAUAUUUUCAACUUCCAAUAUAUAUUUGUAAUAUUACUGUUUCAUGGUUGUAAGGUGCAGCCAGUAUUCAGUGGGGGAGAAGAGCUGGAUGGGUCAUAACCCAAGGACUAGUGGCCCCUUGUGUUUUGUGGUAAACCUUUGUGCUUGUAAAAGAGAAGUCUGAAAUGGUUUUAAUUUAAAUGUGAGUAAAUACAUUAGCUUUCUGGAUAAGUCUUUGUAUUUUUAGAAUAGAGAUAAACCUAUUCCUUCUGCCCUUUGUUUUGUUAAGUAGGGCAGAAAGGUGAGCUCGUGAAUGCUGGAGGAAAGGAUUAGAUUAUCCCAGGGAACUGUUUGUGUUAAGCACCUUGGACAUAGCGCUGCCUGGCAAAAGAUCACAGUAAAACUAAUGUCUUUCUAGCACUGUGGCACUAUAACUGUGAUCCUAUGAAUUCACAAAGUAGUAGUUAAGUAGCUUGCAAAAAGAAAUUUGUUUCUCAAGGUUGUUUCGAAGCUCUUUGCCUGUUGUGCCGCAUCAUAUUUAUCUGCAGGCAUAUGGAUAAAUGUAGUCUGUUUAGAAAAGAAAUGGCUUUUUGGGUUUCUGAAUGAAAAUUUUUAAGUACUGUUUUUAGGGGUCUUCUUAAGUGAAGCAGUUAACUGAUCCAGGACAUGACCUUGGAGCUCUCUUUGGCAGUUGGAGUGGAAUUAGCUGUACUGUGAAACUAUUAUGGACUUGUCCAGCUUAUAAGGGAUGAGGUUGUGACCUGAUGGACCGUGGUGACCAGGGCUGCAGACUGUAAAUGGAGCACCUGGUGUCAUGAAUGCAGGCAAAAAGUCACACCUACAGGCUUGAUUUUUUGGUACCCCUUAAAUCAAGACAGAGUAUUUUGACUGCUGAUGAGAGCUGUGCUGAACCAAAAGAAUACAGUGGGCAUUAGGGCUUUGUGAGAAAGAGAAGACCAUACUUGUGUAGAUAUACUGGAAAAAAAUCUCUAAGGUUAGGUAAGUCUGGAAAACUGCAAGGAAAGAUCAAUAUUUGGAAAUCAUCAUGAGAGAGGGCGUUAUAGUUAAAACUUUUUGAAAACUGUCUUAAAUUGAUUGAUAACAAUUCUUUGCUGAAAUGUAGGAUUCAUGAUGUUUGAUGAUAACUGAUAACUUUUUUAAUCCUUAUGGCUAUUUUAAUGAACAAGCUAUUAUCUUCUCAUAGACAACCUCUGUUAUGUAUUUGAAAAAGACCCAAACAGCAAACUGUGACAUCAGGAUCUGUGCUUCAGUAUCAAGCAGUGGCAAAACAUGUAGAGAUCUUUCUUCAUCUUCUUACAGCCACCUCUCUCCACUACCCUCUCUGUCUAGACUGCUUCAUAACCUGAAUCCAUUUUUCAGCAACAUCCUUUAAAAAAAAUAUUUUCAGUUUUCUUGAUUCUCUGAAAUUGUGUUGGAUUUCUGUGGUUUAAGAAGUUAUGCUUUCUAUUGAUCAAUAACAGUUAAAAACCUUUUUCUCUAGUUAAAAUUAUAAACCAUUUUUAAAUGGUUGAAUUUCCAAGGAAAUAUGCUGCUUUCUGUGACUAUGUUUAUAUAAAAAAUCAACAUUUUCACAACUGAUAUUGUACUCAUUUCCACCAGCUACUAAUUUUUUCUAAUUUUCUCUAGGCAUUGAUAAUGUUGUGCAAAAUUUUUUAAAUCCGCAGUGCAAUGCUGCUUUUCCCUAGACAUGUCUUUUUGGUUAGACAUAGUAUUGGAGCAAACUUUUUGAAAAAAAAAAGAGAAUGAUGAUAUUGAAAAAAAAUAAAUGGUAAGCAUGAAUUUUUACUUUUAAGUAGGGUUUUCCAAAAUAGGAUUUUUUUCAUUUUUGCUUUAUUUUUGCAAUUAGUAUGAGCAAUUAAAUUUGUUCCACCUUGGUCUCCAGAGUACUUUUUUUGCUUUUGGUUGCACAUGUUGUAUGUUGCAUUGUACUGCCUUACUUUCUUCUGAAUAGAUAUUGGAUUUCUCUAUUGUGAAUCUUGUAAGGACUUGUGUGAUUUUGGUAAUUAGGUUUUAUAGUUUUGCUAAAGCAUUUUUCUUUUGGUAUUUACCUCAUCUCUGUUCUAUGUCCAGUUCUGUUCUUGGAGGUUCUUCCAUAAAUGAUGUUGGAAAAGUAACUUAUUUAAUCGGAGAAGAGUUUGCAUUGGAACCUUUAUUUCUUUCUAAAUAGCAUAAUAAUAAUCAGAGAAGGCCUUGGUUACUGCUUACUGCGUCAUUGGGGCUUUCAAUCUGUUUUGCUACUAGCUAAAAAACCAUAAUU